CCAAGGCCGAUGUCGCUGAUGUUGUUCGACAGGCAGAAGUCUUGCUAUUUCGCAUUGAUUUCGUAGGCCAUCACCGCAAAACUCUCCAUAUUUUUAGAACCAGAGCACCACCGCAUAGAUGGGCUUGAGCUAUGAGGAACGUGAUGUCGGACUCUGGCUUUUGGGGUCCCUGCUGUGGCCAGCAAGGCGUUUUUUUACCAAUCUGCCCUGCCCACAUACCCCAACACGCAGCGAAGGAACACAGAUGGCGUGCCCCUCCAUUCAAUGGGACAGCAGGCGUCCUGGUUGUUGUUGUUGUAGUGUUUGCAUAUGGUUGGUAUGGUGGCCCCUUUGUCCUGGUCCUUGCCUCUUUGAACGCAUUCGUGUGGCCAGCACUCGACCCCAAAAAUUCCGCAAUGCAUUGUUUGCCUCAGCGCCUCCUGCCAUGUUUUUCUUGCCCUUCCCUCCAGCUAUCGCGAAAUCUAUGUUGACAAUUGUUAGGCAACGUGUCCAGAGGUGCCGUGGUGACGUCCUGCCCUCUCCUGCGGCUUAAAUGACUGCUAAUGCUGAGUAGUGCGCCCUUUGUCGCUGAAGCACACGGGGGCUGUAUCUCUGCGCCGCACCCUAUAAAUGGUACUGGGAAUUAAUCACCGAAAUGUAUUCCAGAUACAGAUAACGGCGCCCACCAUCAAGCCCAGCCUGGGCUGUCUUAGCACCUCACCCUCC